AUGUGCAACUCCUGUUGUGACUCCUGCAGCUCUGGCCAGGGCUGUGGCUGCUGCCAGCCCAGGUGCUGCCAGACCAUCUGCUGCAGAACCACUUGCUGCCGCCCCAGCUGCUGUGAGUCCUGCUGUCGCCCCAGCUGCUGUGGCUCCAGCUGCUGCAGCCCCUGCUGUUCCAGUGGCUUUGGCUCCUGCUGCUGUCGCCCCACCUGCCUCCAGACCACCUGCUGCAGGACCACCUGCUGCCGCCCUAGCUGCUGUGGCUCCAGCUGCUGCAGCCCUUGCUGUGGAGGGUCCAGUGGCUGUGGCUCCUGCUGCUGUCGCCCCACUUGCCUCCAGACCACCUGCUGCAGGACCACCUGCUGCCGCCCAAGCUGCUGCUGCUAG